CAAAGGAAACCAGCAGCAGCAGCAGCAGCAGCAGGAAGCCACGACAGAAACAGAAGGCUGGGUGUCCCUGGUUUCCUCUCCGUCUUCGAUGGUGAGCUCAAAACCAGUGGGCACACCGCACACACUCCACUCCACUCGCAGGCAGAUCAUCGAUGGAAUCAAAGAUGGAGAGGAUGAGCUCGUCGGUGCAGUCCUGGGUGGAGGAGCACAAGCUCGCAAGCAUCGGAGGCGUGUGGGCUGCGGCGGUGGGCGCGUCGGUGGCGUACAGCCGGCGGAGGGCGCCGCAGCGGGCGACGAGCCUGCGUCUCAUCCACGCCAGGAUGCACGCCCAGGCCCUCACCCUCGCCGUGCUCGGGGGAGCAGCCGUCAUGCACUACUACAGCAAGAGCAAGAGCAGCGCCGACAAGAUGGAUCUCGACUUCUACUCGCAUCUGCCGCCGGCAACCGACGCCGACGGCAACGAGAACGAGCGAUGGAGCUGGUAAACUCGCUUGCAGACGAUCCAUGGAGAAGAAGCAAUGGGGGGAAACUCAAUAAACUACUAGUAGUUGCAGCAAUAAUUGGGGGAGGCGUGCAUGACGUGGCGGGUUUGUCCUAAUCCAUCCAGCUAAGACGCCCAUGGUUUCGUUUACUUUACAUUAUCCAUCCACGUCAUGGCCGGCUGGAGCAUUUCUGUUUGGCCGGAGCCGGAGACGACAAGACGACUCGAUCGAGGAGUAGAGAUGUCUGUAUGUAUGGGCAGCUGGGUAUGUAUGUGUGUAGCGUGGCAUUUCUCUUUCCAUGGUUGAAGCUGAAGCAAUGCAAGAAGCUGCUGCCUUCUUCCUCUGUACUACCAUCUGAUCCAUCGAAUCGAAUGGUGAGUGAUGAUGACGUCGACAAUGAUUUUUUUUCCUUUCUUAAAGAAAAUGGUGAAUGUGAUCGA